AUGUCAUGCACUGCAGGAGAUGUUUCACAUCAAAGCAUGCCCAAUGACACACGAAGGUUAGUGAAAAAACCGAAGCUACUCAAGGGACAUUGCAAAGCCCAUUCCAAAUUUGCUAAUGAGCACAAGGACAUGACUGUUGAGGAUUGGAAGAAUGUGGUAUGGUCCAAUGAGACAAAGAUCAACUUCUUUGGACCAGAUGGGAAGUGUCAUGGGCCUGAAUGCUCAAGGAGCAGGAGGGUCACUGGUUCAUAUGGAAGGAGCGCAGGUAUCGAAGAUCUAGUCGAUACCAUUAGAGAGCAUGGUCGUAGUGCAGUCUCCAUGGAGACCAUGGACUCCUACAGACUCACAUGCAAAGGAGGACCAAGCCCAUAUGCGAGGAGGGCCAGGCACAGCCACGAAGAGGACCAAGCCCAUAUGCGAGGAGGGCCAGGCACAGCCACGAAGAGGACCAAGCUCAAGGAGCAUGCAGAUGGUUACCACUCAGGGGCUCGAGAGACAAGAGUCAAAGGAACUGUCACCAGUCAAAGGAGAAGGAGCAGUGUAUAG